UUUCAGGUUUUGUCCCCCCCCACCCUCCCCCCGGGUUUCAGUCUCGCCUCCUGCAUCUCGUUCUUCGUCGUCCUUUCAAGAUGAGUACUAUGAAGUUUUGCCGCGAAUGCAACAACAUUCUUUAUCCUAAAGAGGACAAGGAGCAGAAGAUUCUUCUCUAUGCUUGCCGUAACUGUGAUCACCAGGAGGCUGCGGAUAAUAACUGUGUCUAUAGAAAUGAGAUACAUCAUUCUGUUGGGGAGCGCACUCAAGUGUUGCAGGAUGUAGCUGCAGAUCCUACUCUUCCUCGCACAAAGUCCGUCCGUUGUACUCAAUGCAACCAUGGAGAAGCUGUUUUUUUCCAGGCAACAGCCAGAGGGGAAGAAGGUAUGACACUGUUUUUUGUUUGCUGCAACCCGAACUGUGGCCACCGGUGGAGGGAUUAAAAUGUUGCUCGCUCAAAUCGAGGUCGGAAAUCUAACAUGCUACUCUUGUUAUUAUGUAAAACAUGGUUGACGUGAGGACAUUCAUACUCUAGUAUUGGGGGCUUUUAACUGCACCUCCCUGGGGAAAUUUUUCAGCCAAGUGUACUUUGUCAGCAUUUGUGAAUUUUAUCUUAAAUGCUAACUCGAUUACAAUAGAUGAUAGAUGAACGAUAUAUGGAAUUGAAGGUGACAUUCAGCACAAGAUGUAUGGCAAAAACUUUUCCUGUCAUAUGCUUUU